CUAUUUUCAUGAGCUCUUAAUUGUUCUCAUCGUAUUUCUGAAAUGGAAAAGUAACCACUUAAAUGCAUAAUUGUAUUUGUUGCUCGACAUAAACAUCAGCCAACGGAACUGCAUUUCACUAUUUAUCUGUUGAAAUAUUUUUUCUUAAACCACCGCUUGUCAUUUUGAUUGGUUCUUGACUCGAAUAUUGCAUCUGACACACAUACAUACACACACAGACACACGGCUUCACCAUGGAAAAUCGCACGGUGGGUCCUUACGACCACUGCAUCAACUCCUUCUACCACCUCAACUGCAGUACACCCACGCUCUCUGUGCCAGAGCGCACCGCGGCGCUCAGUGCCAUCACCACUCUCAUCCUCGCCACCAUCCUGGGCAACCUCCUCAUCAUCACGUCCAUCGCCUACUUCAGGCAGCUGCAGACUCGCACCAACAUUAUGGCGCUAUCUCUGGCCGUGGCCGACCUCCUGGUUGGUCUCACGGUGAUGCCCUACAGCAUGAUGAAGGCCGUGUACAAGUGCUGGUUCUACGGGCAAUUCUUUUGCAAUCUGCAGUUCUUCCUGGACUAUACGCUUACGAACUCCUCCAUCAUACACCUGGGUUGCAUCGCCUACGACCGCUACGUGGCCAUCUGCGACCCGCUCCGCUACCCGCAGAGGGUGACCAAUCACACCGUGGUGAUGAUGCUGCUGAUUUCGUGGUUCGGUCCUGCGCUCUUCUCCUCUCCCAUCCUCGUGAACUUCAACCUCGAGUGGUCACGUGGCAUCAUCGAGAUAAUCUCGUGCCCGAACGAGUGCCUGUUCUUCGUGAGCACGUGGCUGGUCAGCCUAGUGGGCGUCUGUCCGUACGUGCUCUCUCUACUCACAAUGUCAUACGUUUACGCGAGAAUUUACGUCGUGGCGCGCAGGCAAGGCCAUCAGAUCAGCUCGGUGAGUCUACAGGUCCAUGCUCAACAGCAGCAGCAACAACAGCAGGUGGAACACACAAACUUUCGACAGAAGUCGACGGCGAUGAAACGAGAGCACAGCGCAGCCAAGACACUCGGAAGCAUCAUCGGGUUCUACCUGCUGUCCUGGCUGCCCUUCUACAUGGUGGUCUUAUUCUUCCCCAAUUUCCAAAACAGUUCGGCCGCGGUGCGAAUCACCACGUGGAUCGGCUACAUCAGCUCGGCCAUCAACCCUGUACUCUACGCAUCUCUAAACCGUCCGUUUCGCAGCGCGUUUGUCGCCUUGAUCAGCUGCAAGGUGCUUUCCUUCAGUAGGGCCAGGACAAUGGACCUGUCUGGUGUGAAGUAGGUGAUCGCGAGAUAUAAUGUUUUUUUUAUGUUUAUGGAAUACAUAAGUGUAUGUGUGUGUAUUCCUGUGCCCCUGUCUCUGGCAGUCAUCUCGGUCGAUCAACCCAUAACAGUUGGGGCUAAUCCAUGAUCUUCUCACCAUAGCGAGCCUUCAACACUUCGUGUGGCCUUAAAGUGCAUUUAGCCUGGCACAAGUGCUGUGGCGAAUGGUAGUUGUUAUUAUUGCAGUGUCUCUGUCUGUAUCUUUAUCUGUUGUUUCAGUGUUAAUCUGGCUAGAUCUCGAUUUAAAGCUUUCGUGACUGCAAUGAUUCAUCUUCUUUGGUUC